GCACGGAACGGCAAGUCGUAUCGUUCGAAAUCACACAUCGCUGAUCCCUCAGAAACCACUUCUCGGCCAAUAAACACGGAACACCGGCUUCUCGCGAUGGCGCGAAAAUACAGACGAACGAUCGGCUACAAAAUACUCUGUAUGAUCGUCGUCCCGACAAUGUACUUGAUUUUCGUUAAUACGUUAGCAAUGUUUCUGUCGAACAAUGCAGCAAGCGCAGCGAGUAGCGCUACGGAUACGCAACUUCGCAGAUUAUUGCAAAUUGGACCAGCCGGGGAAAAGCAAACGGACAACUGUACUCCUCCGGCGAUCAACGAGUUCCCAUCGGACGGCCUUACUCGACAACAAAGACAAUCGGGUUUUAUAGCUGUACAUUUCGUCAUAGCGAUUUACAUGUUCCUGUUGCUCGCCAUUGUUUGCGACGAUUAUUUCGUGCCAGCGAUUAAAAAAAUUUGCGAAAAGAUCAACGUGACGGAGGAUGUCGCGGGGGCAACAAUCAUGGCAACAGCCAGCUCUAGUCCAGAGCUGUUCAUCAACAUUGUAGGUACUUUUGUCACGGAAGGCGAUUUGGGAGUCGGCACGAUCGUUGGUUCUGCUGUCUUCAAUAUAUUGGCCGUCCCUGCUUGUUGCGGUUUAUUUGUAAAUCAGGUAUUAAAUCUAGAAGUAUGGCCAGUAACGCGAGACACUAUCGCGUAUGCAAUCACUGUACUUCUACUAAUUUUAACUUUACGGGACGGCCGUAUCGAAUGGUACGAGGGGAUGAUUCUCGUUUUGUCCUACGCCUUGUAUAUCUUAGUAAUGUGUUUCGAUCGAAGGAUACACCGGUUCCUCCAAUGUGCAACAAAAACAAGAAAAAAGUACAAGAAUCUUUCCGAAUCGAGCCCCCUGCUUUCCAAUGGUGAUAUCGUAAACAUGACAAAAUGGCCAGAUUCGAAGUGGGAAAGAAUUUGGUGGUUGCUCACGUGGCCUAUAAACUUUGUGCUCCUCGUCACAAUUCCUGAUUGUAGAAGAGACGCAUUGAAAUCUUGGUAUUCUCUUACAUUCAUCAUGUGUGUAAUAUGGAUAGCAACUACUUCGUACAUAGUUGGAUGGGUCAUCACUGUAAUUGGCGAUACAUUUAGAAUUCCCGAUUCCAUAAUGGGAUUAACUUUCCUCGCAGCAGGAAUGAGCGUCCCGGAGGCUGUGUCGAGUGUUAUCGUUGCAAAUCAAGGACACGGAACCAUGGGCAUAAGUAACUCCAUCGGUUCAAACGUAUUCGACGUAUUACUUUGUCUUGGAUUACCUUGGUUCCUGAAGGCAGCAUUUUUCCCAAAAGCUGGUAAUCAUUAUGUAACGAUUAACUCACAGGGAUUGGUUUACAGUUCCAUAUCGUUGUUUUCUACUCUCACUUUACUUUACUUGUCUCUUCUAAUUGGCAAGUUUAAAUUGACUCGAACUGUUGGAAUAGCCUGCCUCGUUAUGUACGUAAUUUUCUUGAUAUUUGCUUCGAUCCUCGAGCUCAAUAUAUUCUUCGUGGUUAAUCUGCCAGUAUGCGUUGACUGACAUUUGAUGCGUCUACUUUGUAAGAACUUCACGUUUUUACAAAAGGAUACGAAACUUCGAAUCCAAGCUCUUCCUCUGUUCCCUUCCGAUAGUUCGAUACGUACCGUUGAAUUGUUAAAACAAUGGAAUAUUCGUUUAACGAUGAAUAAGCCACUCUUGUCGCAAAUGAUCCAACAUUUAAUUGAUUUAGUUGAUUUGUUAUACUUUUUUGAAUAUGUACAUACAUUCUACUGUACUAUUUUGUGAUGCAUAUAUAUAUUUAUGAAUUUGUGCAAGAAUGUGUGUUGAAAUGAAUACAUGUGAAUUUAAUGAGUAUGAUGUAUGAAUGUCUAUAUGUGUCUAUUGUGAUAUGUAUGUACAUCCAUAUAUCAUUUUUUGCAAAUAGAUAUUUAUAUAGCUGUUUCAACAAUUUAGCGCAAGUAUUUUUCUAGUAAAUUUCUGAUGUGCCAUUUUGUAGUUUGUAGUUUAUCAAAGAUAUAAAUGAAAUAGAGAUGUUUAUAGUUCUUUGAUACAUGUAGUGCAAUAUAUGUCGUAGUAGAGUAUAUGACCUUUGAUAUAUGUGGUGCAUAGUAAAGCAAGUUUAAUUGAAAGCAUACAAAUGAACAAAUGUGUCAAAGAGAAAGGAAAACGUAAUGUUCUCAGUUCAAACAAAUACAUUAUUUCAUCUGCUGUGUGUAUAUUUUUCCGCUACAUUAAUCAUUGUACGAGAAUUGACUUAUUAAGAAAAUGAAAAUAUAAACUAUUUGUAGAUACUAUAUAAGGGUGUGAACUAGAAUGCUUUAAAGUUGGCCACAAUUGGUAAUUAUAAUGUUGUGAGUAGUUUUUCCACUUUGAGUGCCGUAACUUUCAACUUUUUUUACUAUAGUCAUACCAUCGACUACAGAACCAAAAACUACAUGCCUAUUAUCCAACCAACUGGUUUUUACAGUAGUUAGAAAAAACUGCGAACCAUUGCUACUUGGUCCAUUAUUUGCCAUGGACAAUAUGCCAGGUCCAGUGUGUUUCAAUUCAAAAUUCUCAUCUUCAAAUUUCUCUCCAUAAAUAGAUUUUCCUCCUGUACCAUUGUGAUUGGUGAAAUCACCACCCUGGCACAUAAAUUUAGGAAUUAUUCUGUGAAAAGUACUUCCCUUAUAUCCGUAACCUUUCUCUCCUGUACAAAGUGCACGAAAAUUUUCCGCUGUUUUUGGGACUAUAUCUGCCCGUAAUUCCAUCACGAUACGACCUAAUGGUUUAUCCUCAGCUGCUACGUCGAAAUAUACUCGUGGCAAACCCAUGGCAGAUACUUGCAAAGUAUGCUUUUACUCUUUCACUUUUACCUUUUUCUCAGCAAAUGACGUAUAAUAGAAAAUAAUAAUUAUUAUCUUAUUUGUUAUAUUACUUUGUGAUUCAAUUUAUACUAUCAAAUUAAACGAAAUCGUUCAACAAAAAUAACUAGGUUAGCUUUCUUUCCGUUUAAAAUCAUAUAUAAACAAAUUGCGAUCAACACGCCAUCUUUGUGAUUACAAUUACAGACUAAACACGAAUCACUCGUAUUUAUGAUAUGUAUUACGAGAUUAUAUUUAUCGUUUUACGUAUUUACGCUUUAUGCUUUAAUAAAUAUUACAAAUAUGAUAAGAAAUAAAAGAUAAAAAAUAAAAGAGCAAAGAAAAACAGUUUCCCUAUUUUUCUAUCUACGAUUCUGUUCUAUACGUAUGUUACUCGAAUUACGUUUUAAGGCUCAUCGAAUUUGUGACCUGAAUUUUGUUUUGAAUACAC